CUUUACGGGUCGAUACGCAAGCGCGGCUUUCUCAUAUUCAACAUGGAAGUAGGGUGAAGGAUAGGAAAGCUCUCAGUGUUAUCUCAAAUAUAGUUUGAACUGAAGUCCGUCGUUUACAAGAAAACAAUGAUUUAGACUAAGAUGGGAAUAACGUGAAGGAAGACGGGCUUGAAUAUGGGCGUGUUCGACAGUCCCGAGGCACAUAACUGGCUGCGACAGUGGCUGGCCGUGUUCAUCACCAGGAAAGCUAUAUUGCCUGCUGUCAAGUCCGAGGCAGUAAAAUUGCAUACAGCUAUUCUUACGGUGGCAACUCUGGCAGCGACCGUUUGUCCACAAAACCACGGGAAAAUCACUGACACGUCGAAACUUUCUUGUCGUUUUCAUGACGACUUUCGUAAUGGAAUCAAACACCGACAUAAGCAGAAACCGUCUUGGAAGAACGCCACGACGGACACUUGGCAUAAUGACGCUUUUUCAAUCGCCAAGUUAUUUAUGCAGCCCUCGGGAUAUGACGACAAAACCAAUUUUGAUCAAAUCGACUUGAACGGAAUUUUAGCCUUCAUAUUUAACUGCGGACGUUUCCCAACCACCGUGGAAUCAUCAUCAGAUCAGGCUCGGAUAUCUACCAACAAGAUUCGCCACUUGCCGGACAUGUGUUCCAGCGCCCUGACAGACCAAGCCACCACUGACUGUAUAGACAACUUUGCUACGCUGCUAAACGACCAAAUAUUCUGUGGAGAGAAAAAUGUCCAAGAAGCAUUGAAACAACUCGAUACGUUAAAGAGUACAAUCCCCGAACUGCUCAAAGACCAUUGGAAAUAUAUAAUCGAAGAUAUUGCUAUUAAAAAUCUUCAAGAUAUCCAUAGCUUGUUCAGUCAGGAAAAGGAAUCAUCGAAAAAAGAAGCAGACAAUAAGAGAUCUGAAUUUCAAGAUCUUUGUGACCGCAUUGUCUCUGAAAUAACGGCAAGAGGUGAAACCGUCCUUUUUGAUUUCAAACAAUUAGUAGAAGUUUCUCAUGAGGCUAUAACCAAAGCCAUUGACAAUGGGAUAAAACGAAUCGAGGAAAAAACUGAGAUAGGAGAACGAAGAAUCGUGGAAAAGACUGAGACAGGACAACAAAAGAUUGAGGGAAAGACUAAGGCAGGAAAACGAAGGAUUGAGGAAAAAACUAAAAUAGCGACACAAAAAAUUCAACGUCUCGGGGACAACAUCCAGUCUGAUAUAACAGCACGAGGUGAAACCCUCAAACAGGAACUCGAAGAGAAGACAGAAAAGGUUCGCCAUGGAGUGCUUACCAAAGAAGAUUUGAGAAAGGAGCUGUUUAAACUAUACAAAAAAACUGCAAGCACAGUGAGUAUUCGGCUUGACAUCGAUGAGGCACUUGAAAAGAUAUAUGAAGAGCCCAAACUUAUUUUAAAGGAAGACGGCAAAGACAAAGAGGACGAUAUAAUAUUAAAUAACAUUUUUCGAAAAAAACAGGGCACACUGGCUAAAACAAUAAUUGUUGAAGGCGAGCCUGGCUCAGGAAAGUCUGCGUUAUGUAAGAAGAUCGUUUAUGAAUGGUGUGAAACAAAACAUGAAGGACGGACAGAAAAUGAAGGAUGCGAAAUAUCAAGUCAGUUUGAAUUUGUGUUUUACAUAACUCUCCUCAGGGCAAAGAAAGAAUGCAAAAUAAAGAAAAUGAUAUUAAAACACAUCAUAGACAGGAUCGGAUUAGACAGAACAAGCACAGAAGAAUUGCUAGGAGUAGUUUUGAAAUCCAGCACCUGUCUGCUACUACUUGAUGGUCUUGACGAAUGGCAGCACCCUGAAGGAUGCAAUUGGGAUGAAAAAAUUCCCCAUGUAGAAACAAGUUGGGAAAACUGUACCAUACUCAUCACAACAAGGCCGUACAAACUGGCUGAGCUAAAAAUAGGGUGCUCUCAGAUUGACAAUCACGUGAUAUUGAAAGGAGUUACGUACCCUAGAAAACUCGUUGAGAAAAUUGUAUCUAGAUUGAAUGAUUUUCACGGUACAGAAAUACCACUUGAUCACGAAAUAUGUAUCAAGGACAUACAAUAUAAACAACUGUGGCAUUUCAGUGAAUGUCCAAUUUUGUUAGCUCACAUCGUUUGGCUUUGGUACAAGGCAAAGCUUUCGGAAGAUAUGAAACUUUCUGAUCUUUACAGAACGUUGCUGAAGGAACGAUGGUUGGAAUCCUGUGGCAAGAGUGGAUCCAUAUACAUAAACAUGAUAAACGUUCUGAGCAAAAUAGCCUUUGAAAAGUUAUUUGCUGACGAUGAAAAUAGUACAAUUGUGUUUGAAAUAGAUGAGGAGCAGAAUACAAAGUUCGAAAGUCAAAAGUCUGCAUCGCUUCAAUCUGGCAUCUUAUCCUGCACCAAUGUUCCAGGUGAUACUCCACAAUACCACUUCUUGCACAAAACAUUUCAAGAGUACCUAGCGGCGCUGUUUGUAUCUGAACACAUUGAAAAGUGUAUGCAUAUAAAAAACACAUACAAGAUCCAAAGGAAAGAAAGCGAAAUGAGCUUGUUCUUUCUGAAUGAGUUUUUUGUUUUCCUUUGUGGUUUGAAUGCAAAAGCUGCCGAAGAACUUUCGAAAGUGAUGAACGAACUGUUCACUGAUUUCUGCAAUACAGGCAAAUCUUAUGCUGAGGAUUCGAGCAAGUUCCAGGACAUGAUCUUGAAAGGUCAAAUAGAACUAGACAGAAGCGAUAACUCCGGGGUGAAUUUGUGUUUGCAACACAUCAAUCUCGAUCGGGAGUACUUAGGACAAAAUCGUGAUGGGUUCUACGGACUAAAUGAUAAAAAAGCAACCACAUUAGAACGCUUAUUAAAGAAAAACCAAUCAUGCAUAUUAUCAUUGAAUAGCAGGCACGAUUACAAUUUUCCAUCCGUAUUAGAAGACAGUAGCGUUCUAGAUUUAGCAAAUUGCAGGGGACCAUUGGGGCUUAUUCUUUGGAAUAACUUGAACGUAAAAAAUGAAAGGGGAGGACUUUUCUCUCACCUACAAUACGUGAGCUUAGAACGUAUUCGCAUGCCAGAGGCACUGUUCACACGACUUUUGCAGACCUGCAUAAGAAAUGGAAAUUUGAAUUAUGAGUUGUGGUAUUGUUUCAUAGAGUCAGCCAAGGAUGAAGAGCAGCUUCAAAACGUAUUCGAUCAGCAGGUAGCACCAUCUAAAUGUACAACAAGCAUCACACUUUACCAUGUGACCAUGACAGCUGAGGCGUUUUUGCGUCUUUUAAAGUGCGCGAACAAAUGCAGUCGAUUCUUUAGAUGUAAUCUGGCCUUAUUGGAACUGACGCCAAACCAUACUGUUGCAAACACACCAUUUCCGGUGGUAGAUCCAGACCCUGUCAUGAAAUUGCUGACAAUAGACCAGCAUUCACGAUACCUCAAAAUGAAAUCGUUUCAAAGUACACAAAAACUAAACAACUUAUUUCAAAACUGUACCAAGUAUAUGAAUUUCGAACAUAUGAAAAUAUCUGAAAAAAUAUUUUGGUUUUUUGUUCGCUUUUUGAUGCACUUUGGAUAUUUUGGCGAGUUUAGUCUGUGUGAUAUACAGCCAGAUACAGUGCCAGAAACGGACAACCGUCACUUACCCCAGAUGGUUGCAUCCCACUCAGAUGCUCAACGUGUAAAACUUACCCUCAGAAACGUAUCAAUGCAACAGGCCGUGGUUGAGCGUCUCGCUUGCCAAGCGUUAGAAUCUGGACGUCCGGUUAGGUGUACGUUAAACGCUUGUGAGGUACGAUUUCUUCACGAUGUAAAGCCGUUGAAGGACAAGUUGGAGGAACAGCCUGCCCUCCGGAUCGUGGAAUUUAGCAAGGUGGAUCCAAAGACAUCAAAUCAGCUUUUAAAACCAAUGGUCGAAAGAUGUAGUGUGGACCAAACAUGGAACAUCUGUUUUGAAGCUAACGCGAAAGUCAAUCAAUUUGAAACAGAGUCGGAUACUCAGCUGGAAACGAUUCGGCAUGAAUCUAGAAGUCAUGCACACACUUGCACGUUUAGAAAGAACGUCGGAUCAGGACCUCUUUAUCAGGAGUUCAAACAUUUGGUGAAACCAGACAUUUGAGAUUGAGUAUUUUUUAAACAAAACACUUUCCUCUAAGGUUACAAAAACACCAUUUGCCACAGUUUGAUAUUGCAAUGUUUUAUUCAUGUUUGUUUGACUUUAAGAUAUAUGUGUAUUAUUUAUUCACAAUGCUAUGUUUUGAAGUGAUUAUGUCAAAAUAGUAAUCUUAGUUAUUGAUUUGAUUUUAACAAGUGUAUUGUGUGUUGGUUAAACUUCCAUCUGCAUAGAACUGAAAACAAAUGCCUUCGGAAAAGAAAUAAAAUAGUUUCGACAGUAUUGUGUUUUAAUAACAGCCUAAGGAUGGCGUGGGAAAUUUAUAAUAACACAAAGCUUUCAGAUAGAGAUUAUAAGUAUCUUCAGUGGCUGAGAGAGUAAGAUAGGUUCAUCCCGACACUCGCGCAGGGUGUUUUGCGGAAACGAGGUUUACCGAGUUUCCGCAAAACACCCUGCGCGAGGGUUGGGAUGAACCUAUCUUACACGAGCGGGUAUGGUAGAUGCGUUUUCUCCCACCUCAGUUAAACAAAAUGGUGUAAAAAUGUUUUUUUCGCUGGAAUUUUUUUGUGCGUAGUGAAAAUAAAUGCGUAUGGAUAUUUGAUAAUUCGUGGUUGUCAUGGAUAUUCUCGCAGUGAUUCAGGUUAUGUUACUAGUCAAAUCGGUCUUUAAAUAGUUUGGUUGAAAGUGGAGCAUUAUUUCUUGAUAUAUGCGUGAAAACUUUUUUAUGGUGCCAUUUGAAGCGAGAAAAAGUUAAUAAGCAUUCUAAAUAUUGCUACAAGACAAGGUUUCUAUGAUGCUACAGACGACUGUCUUCAACAAGGGAGGUAAUUACAAUGUGGCGACAAUUAAAAAGGAGUUCCAUACGGGCAUUUCAUCUUCGCCCGUGGGCAAGAUAAGAAUUUCUAGCAUGGUUAAAUUAUUUGAUCUACUUAUUUGAGGUGGGAGAAAAAAUUGAUCACGAAUCUUAUCUACUAAACCAGUUAUUAUUUUACUUACUAAGAGGAAUUCGCAUAUCAUAAAUAGAAAACCAGUUAGUGCUAGAAGCCAAUAAUGCAUUUAUAGAUAACUGAUCAAAUGAAUCUUAUCUAGUUAACCAGUUAUUAUGUUAAUAGUUAGUUGGAAUUCGCAAACUAUAUAUAGAUAACAUGUAAGUGUUGUAUAGCAUAAAAUGGUAGCUACAGAAGGCAGUAAUGGGCACUUUCAAGCCUGUUUUAGUCUUAUGAUAUUUAUCUUACCGAAAACAAAUGCGAAUAUUAACUAGAUAGCUUGAUAAUUAUGGCGAAAAUUAAGUGGUUAACACGAAACAAUCAGGUUAUCUUACGACAGUAAUAUGCCACCAUACGUUUCCUUGCAAUUUAUUUGCAUUAUAUCAUUGUAAAAAAUGUUUGUUUACCUUUUAUAAUUGAUAUUAGUUGUAGUAUUCCCAUGGUAAUAGUACAUAGUUCUUUUUUUUUCAAAUUAGUAAACGGUACAUGAAAUUAAUGGUCAUUGUAUGAUAUUUUGUUUUUUGUUUUGUGUAACAUGAAAUUAUGUUUUUUUGAUGAUAAAAUUAUUUUUUAAUGAAAUAAAAACAUUAAAAAAUCAAAUAAAAAUCAAUGUUUUCUGUACACGUAUCUUUGCCAUUUACUUGUUUAAUGUAUCAAUGUACAAAAUUGUUAACCUUUGAAUUUCAUAUCAGUUAUAGUAUUUCCAUGGUAAUAAGUACAUUGUUCAUUUAUUCAACUUAGUAGACGGUACACGAACGUACUGAUCAUUAUAUGAUAUUUUUCUUUUUGUUUUGUAUAACUUGUAAAUGUGUUGUUUUGGAUGAAUACAUGAUUUUUAAAUAAAGAAAAACAUACAAAUUCAAAAGCAAAAUAAUUUCUGUAUACGUUUUAUACGAUAUUUGGUUCUUUUCUUUUUUCAACUUGUGAAUAUGUUUUUGGAUGAGUAAACAAACAUGAACACAAUAAAAAGUAGAUUUUACAUGAAAUAACUUAAUGGUGCCUGCACUUUAUUUACUUUCCCAUGUUAAUAAACACAUUGUUCAAUUAUUCAACCUAGUAUACGGUACAUGAACGUCUGUUUAUGGUGUCUGCAAGUAUUAACUUUUCCAUUUUAAUGAUUAUAUUGAUCGAUUACUGAACUAAGUAGAUGGUACAUGAACGUUAGUUGAUGGUGUCUGUAUUUUGUUUACUUUUCACAUGUUUUUGAUUACAUUGCUCAAUUUCUAAACUUAAUAGGCUGUACAUAAACGUAAGUUAAUGGUGUCUGCAAGUUAUCUACUUUCUCCUGUCAAUAUUAGUAAUGUUCUUUUACUUACCUGAAUAGAAGGUUCAUGGACGUAAGUUAAUUGUGUAUGCAAUUUAUUUACUAUCCCCAUGUUACUAACUAUAUUGUUUAAUAUUUGAAAAUAGUAAAGGGUACAUGAGCGUAAGUUAAUGGUGUCUGCAAUAUAUUUACUUUUCCCAUGUUAAUACUUUUAUUGUUGAACUAUUGGACUUAAUAGACGGUUCAUUGACGUAUGUUAAUGGUGUGUGUAUUGAAUUAACGUUGUACAUGCUUAUACGUAAACAUUAAAUCAUGUGCUCUAACUAAUCACGGCUUAUUCUUACAACGAGAUUUGGCUUUGUUACACAUUGUAUUGAAUUGCAUAAUGACAGUGCUUCCACAUACCGUUUAUAGCGAUAUUGUAAAGUAUGAUUGCUGCAAGUAUUUUGUGUUAUUGCAUCGAACCAUUACACUUAAUAUUUACUCAAUGUAUGAAAGGUAUGCUAUAACUAUAUCUAUGAAAGGUGUGUUAUAACUCUAUGUAUGAAAGGUGUGUUAUAGUUCUAUGUAUGGUUGGUGUGUAAUGACUCUAUGUAUGGUUGGUGUGUAAUGACUCUAUGUAUGGUUGGUGUGUAAUGACUCUAUGUAUGGUUGGUGUGUAAUUACUCUAUGUAUGGAUGGUGUUUUAUAACUCUAUGUAUGAAAGGUGUGUAAUAACUCUAUGUAUGGAUGGUGUGUAAUAACUCUAUGUAUGGAUGGUGUGUAAUAUCUGUUUGUAUGGGAAGAGUGUAAUAUCUGUUUGUAUGGAUGGUGUGUAAUAUCUGUUUGUAUGGGAAGAGUGUAAUAUCUGUUUGUAUGGAUGGUGUGUAAUAUCGGUUUGUAUGGAUGGUGUGUAAUAUCUGUUUGUAUGGAUGGUGUGUAAUAUCUGUUUGUAUGGGUAGAGUGUAAUAUCUGUUUGUAUGGAUGGUGUGUAAUAUCUGUUUGUAUGGGUAGAGUGUAAUAUAUGUUUGUAUGGAUGGUGUGUAAUAUCUGUUUGUAUGGAUGGUGUGUAAUAUCUGUUUGUAUGGAUGGUGUGAAAUACCCGUAUGUAUGGGUGGAGUGUAAGAACUCUAUGUAUGGAUGGUGUGUAAUAUCUGUAUGUAUGUGUGAUGUGUAAUAUCUGAAUGUAUGUGUGAUGUGUAAUUUCUGUAUGUAUGUGUGAUGUGUAAUAUCUGAAUGUAUGGAUGGUGUGAAAUAUCUGUAUGUAUGGGUGGAGUGUAAUAACUCUAUGUAUGGAUGGUGUGUAAUAUCUCUAUGUAUGGAUGUCAUGUAAUAACCCUAUGUAUGGAUUGUUUGUAAUAGCAUAAUGUACAUACUGUGUGUAAUAACAUGUCAAUGAGGUGAAAAUCAUCGUCAGGAAGUAUUGUAGCUUAAUUAUACUGGUAAAAUUGAAAAUCCUUUGGUUUUGUUGACGAAUAACUAUGGUUAAAUUUAAAUUUCUGCCAAUAUUUAUGCAUUAUGUAAAAUGCAAUGUUGUGUUAUAAAUAACUGGGCUACACACAAUUUUAUGUAUUGCUUAGAGAGAUUGAAUUAAUGUGUGUAUAUGAUCUGUUUUGCUAUGAGAGAUUGAAUUAAUGUGUAUAUAUGCUAUGUUUUGCUAAGAGAGAUUGAAUAACUGUAUCUUUACAAUAUGCAUUGCUAUGAGAGAUAGAAUAAUGUGUGUCUAUAUGACAUGUAUUGCGAUGAGAGAUUGAAUAAAUGUGUGUAAAUGAUA